AUGGCGGUCAUUCAAGAAUGGUCAGAUCAUACGCCAGAAGUUGUUACAGGACAGAACGUAGAGGUAGCCCAACUUCCAGAAUCCAUAUCGGUGAAAGCAGGAGAGACCAUCACCCUAAAGUGUACAGUGGCUGGAGGAAAUUUACCUGGAGGCGUGCGGUGGUACAAAGGGACGGACAGAAACCAGCCUGUUUACAGUGAUAAACAAGGAACUUCCAAUCAGGGGGUGAGGGUGAUACCAGGAUCCAAUACGGACUUCAGCAUCAAGAUCCAAAAUGUCCGUCCUGAAGAUGCCGGGACUUACUAUUGUGGGAAGGUGAAGGCUGGGCUCCAAGAGAGCGUGCUGGCUUUAGGGAAUGGCACUUUGGUCUCCGUGAUCGCCAUGCCAUCCCAGCCUGUGAUUAUUGGCCCCACAGGAAGAAUCACGGCGGGGUCUCGGGCCUCCUUCAGCUGCUCCACAGGGGGAUUCUUCCCCCAAGAGAUCACGGUCAGCUGGUUGAAGGAUGGGAAAAAAAUACCAGCCGAAAUCCUGAAUUCGAAUGAAAAGCAGAGCAUCUCGUACCGAGCGGAGAGCACGGUGAACAUCCAGCUGGAGCAAGGAGACAUGAAGUCUCAGCUGAUCUGCCAGAUCGAACACACAUCGUUGGAUGGACAAGGUCCUCUCCAGGAGACCUUCACACUUGGGGAUGUCCUAAGAGUUCCUCCCAAGGUGCGUCUUGAGACCAGCCCACCUUCUCCCGUCCCGCUGAACACCACCGUGACGGUCACUUGCAACGCAGAAAGCUUUUACCCAGAUGGGGAAACACUGGAGUUGUUUGCCAAGGAUGCCCCAACCAGAAGAGGAACGGUUGGCCCGAAGAGCUCGAAUCCGGAUGGGACUUUUUCCCUCAAAAGCAGCCUAGAGAUGAUGGCCAGCGAAGAGAGGAACUCCUCCGUGUUCCUUUGCCAGGUCCAGCACGACUCCCAGCCUCUGGUCAACACAAUCAUCACACUCUUCAUUACGCAACAAGAUGAAAUGAAAGGAGUUGGUGGGCGCCCCAAUUCGAAUCCAGAAGCUGUGACAAUCACAGCAGGCAAGACCCUCAUUCUCAUCUGUAUCCUGACCCAGGGCUACGUGCCAUCAAGCGUCGAAUGGUACAAAGACUUGGGCAAUGACCAGAAGAUAAUUUACAGGGAAAGUGACAAGUUUUCUCGUUGGGAGAGGUUCGUCCCGGGAUCGCCAACUGACUUCAGUGUCAGGCUGAAGAACAUCGGCCCCAAAGACAGCGGGACUUACUGCUGCUCGAUGGUCAAGGAAAUUCCCCAAGGCAGAAAAGAUAUCAGAGCAAAAACAGUGGUCUCUGUGAUUGGUAGGUGA